CACUCCCACAAAAUAGGCCAUACCUACAGAAUAGGUUCUAAAAUUUGAAACCCACCACUGGUUAAGAAGUAUGUGAACAGGAAUAUAAAUGCAUCUGUAUGCAGUUUGGGAAGAGACAUCUUUGAUUUAAGGAGUUGCAAGACUGCUGCAGACUCUGAAGCAUCUUGUUGAUUUCAAAUGUGAAACAUGAAUAAUUAAGCAGCAUUAAUUUUAUGUAAUUGAUUUUUAUAGUAGGUAAAAUAUUUGAAUUGGUGUGACUGAAGCAUUGGUUGCAAAUACUUUUGUAUUAUUUUUAUUUCAAUAUUAUUUUUGUACUUUAAGACAUGAUAAUUCAAUAACAUAGUUUGCUAGGGAAAAGGUGCUAGAAGUAUUGACAGAAAUCUGUCCACAAAAAAAGAUGUUUUAUUCCAUGCACAAAACACAAUAGAUCUGCAUGCAGUUGAAUCCAUAUCAGUUAGCUAAUUUUGCUUUCCAUUCUUUCUAUGUGCUAUUUUUAUGAAAACAAAUAUAUUUCUAGAAUGGCGUAUCAGUCUGUUACUAGUUUAUUUUUGCAGGUGUAUUCAUGGGGUUAUAAUAAUUCAGGACAAAUUGGAUCUGGUUCAACAGCCAAUCAGCCUAUUCCUCAAAGAGUUACUGGCUGCUUACAAAAUAAGAUAGCAAUUAACAUUGCUUGUGGACAGAUGUGCUCAAUGGCUGUGAUAGAAAAUGGCGAGGUUUAUGUUUGGGGUUAUAAUGGUAAUGGUCAGCUUGGAUUAGGCCAUGAUGACAAUCUGUCGAUACCAUGCAGAAUAGCAGCUUUACAAGGCAUCCACGUGCAAAGGGUCAAAAGAAUCGCUGGCAUCCCUUCUCCUAAAGCACCUCAAGGAACAGAAGCAGACAAGACAGACACUACUGAUCCCCUCUUCAUCCAGCCUAAGCUCGAAAAGGAAGUGAUUCUGUCCCCCAGACUCUUCAUAGACGUGAUCCAGAACCAGUGGGCAUCACCACGUACAGGUCCUCUCCCCAAUACCUUGGAUAAGCGCCUGUACAAUGUGGGACCAGAACUCACCAAGGCCUUGGAGAUUGCCUGUGGCUAUGCACAUACACUAGUGUUAACAGAUGAAGGCCAUAUCUAUGCCUGGGGAGCCAAUUCUUAUGGCCAGCUGGGAACUGGUAAUAGGAGUAACCAGUCGUACCCUGUGCUAGUGACAGUACAUCAAGACAGGUACAGUUCUGUUCAUCUUGACUCUAUCGGGCGAGUUUUAGGCUGUAACAAUGUUUUUAGCUUUAAACAUUAUUAGAUAAGGAUCUAAGAAAAAACUCUU